UAAUAAUAAUAAAAGGUUGAAAGUUGGUUGACAAACAGUUCCAGCAUCUUGCGGCCGAAUAUUCAGCGUUGAGCAGUCCGCGCGCGGAGCUCAAAAGAACCUGACAGGCUGAUUCUGAUCUGGUCCUUUCAGUUUAUUGAUCGCUUACCCCAUGUGGAGUUCUCUCUGGCGAUCCGUUGAUCGCUUCUCUCUCCAGAACUUCAAAUAUGUUAUCAAGGAGCUUCAGCAAAUCAAAGUUGUGCAUAAGCAUAACAGGGAAGUAGUAAUAGACCUCCUGCAGUCAAUAGUAGAGAUAGUUACUUAUGGUGAUAGACAAGAUCCAUAUAUAUUCGAAUGUUUUAUGGAAUUCCAAGUUUUAGCAGAGUUUGUUCGUGUACUAAAGAUCAGUAGCAAAUCAAGAAUUGAGGCACCAUUACUUCAAUAUUUAAGCAUAAUGAUUCAGAACAUAAAUAAUGAACUUGCAAUUUACUACUGUUUAAGCAAUGGCUAUAUCAACAGCAUAAUAACUCAUCCAUAUGAAUUUAAUGGGGGCGACCUGGCUUCAUAUUAUGUGUCAUUUUUAAGAGCCGUAAGCAGCAAAGUAAACAGAGACACACUUUGCCUUCUUGUAAAGGUUCAAGGGGAUGCUGUUGUUUCAUUUCCUUUAUACAGUGAGGCUCUUAAAUUUUCUCGCCAUAGUGAAAAGAUGAUCCAGACAGCUAUACGUGCUUUGAGCCUAAGUAUAUAUAACGUUAUGGAUGACAUGGUCUAUCAAUUUGUAACGACUCCUCCUGUCUCAGCAUACUUCUCAGAGUUGGUGUAUAGCUUUAGAGAUAUGUGCAUUCAUCUAGACGCCCUUGUUUGUUCAAUCAAGGAGAAAUAUGCUCAUAAAAGAGAAGAAAUAGUUCUACAAACUGAGAAAAUCGCUGAUGACCUAUUCUACUUCAAGGAUAUUCUUUCUGUUGGUGAUCCAUGUUUGAAUAAACUUGUUAACCAAAAUCUUUUCAAGUUGCUUGUUUUCCCUAUAUUGCUCCCAUUGCUGCAGCCAAGUUGGAGUAACGACUCAAUGAUAUCUGCUACCAGUUCUUUAUAUAUAUUUUCGCAUCUUCUUCAAGUUGUGGAGGAAAAUUCAUGAUUAAUUCAAUUGCUAGCAUUCUUCUGUAUCCUUACAUCAUGUUAAGCAUGACAGACGCAACCCAAGGAGAUACUGCUGACCGGUGUAGUCAUUUAGAUUCUUUUCACAACCUUUUGAAUGGUUUGGAAAUGAUGGAAUGUCCUGAUCCUAAGUCAAGGGAAGCAGAAAAUAGAAAGGGGAGCAACAUAUUUGAGCAUAUGCCUGAGAACAUAUCGAGCAAUUCUUAUUUUGUCAAGGACUUUGGGGACGAUAAUGUAUGUAUGGAAAGCUGUGGAAUACUUGCUUAUGUUUACUCUGAAAACCAAAGUAUAUUGCUGGCGUCUCUCUUUUUAUUGCUUAUUCUAGCAGAAAGCAAAGAUCUUGAAAAUUUUCUGGCUUCAGUAAUUGGAUCAAGACAUAUGCAGGGUUUGAUGUCCUGUGACAAAUCAGUCCCAACAAUGGCAGAUGAGGGUAUUCUCACGAGAUGUAUGCCUCAGAUAAUAAAUGCCUUGUUGACGAGUUUAGCCUGCCAACCACCUUUUCCUGCACUAGUACAGUGGCAUACAGGGUGGUUUCUGCGGAAGCUAUUACUACAUGUAAAGACGGUUGAUGAUCAUAGUCUUCACCUAUUCAGUGUAAGGAUUUAACUGAUAUAUCACAUAAACUCUAUAUUAGUAUGGGGGCAUCUAUCACUUCCAUGCCUUGCCUGUCUGGUUUAUGCAUACAUGGAUUGCUAGCACUUUACUUUCUUUUGAUCCAAGAGUCUCAGCUAGCACAGGUGAUGCAGGCAAAGUUAAGAGUUUCCUAGGAAAUUAUUGCUUUAUUGUUGUUAUUAUUUAGGUCAACUAUUCUGGUCUUCUAUUGCUUACUAACCAAGAAAUUAUUCUUUAGCUGGAUUAUUUUGCUUUGGUAGUUUUACAUAUCUGAAAUUCCUGUGUUAUUGUAUAGGAUUAUAUAUUCUAUAGAUGGAGAGGCUUAGCACUGUAACUAUAGCUUUCAGAAAAAAAAUUUCCUGCCUUUUUAUUUUUCUGGUUUAGUUCAGGAUGAUACAAGCCCUUGAUUAUACAGCCUAUUACCCUACUUUGUUUUUCCUUUUGAAUAAUUUACUUUCACUAUGAAGGUUUUCAGAUUACUUUUGUGGUCAAGUGUUUAAAGCAUAUUUUGGUUUUUAAAAAAAGCCAUAAAGUGUUUGAAUCAUCCUUAGAAAUGUGAAAAGCUCGAGCGCUUUUAGUUUCUGAAAAAAGUUUCGAAGCCAGUUUUUUAAGAGAUCUAAAAAAUGGAAAACAAAAGCUUUUUUGACUAUUGUUUUUUACCAAAAUACCUCUUGUCAAAACAAAUGAAAAAUAAAAUAUCACAUAUCUGCCUCUUAUUUGAUAACUUUAAUUAUUUGUUUUUGUAAUAAACAUAACUAAUAGUCACACGACUAAUAAAUAUUCUAAACAGUAAAUUUUAAGUGAGAACAAAACAAGAGUAUCCCUAUGUUGGUAAACUUUGUCAAAAACUCUCUCUAAGUUUUGUCAGCAUAGGAAAUAAAUUUAGAGAACUUUUAACUGAAUGACGAAUUAAUUUUUUUUUUCUGUUUUGGUAAUAUUACUAAGUCUUUACCUUAAAGCUCAAAUUUUUAUCACACACUUGACAGUUUAUUAGAAUCUAAAACAAAAAAAGGUUCAAUAUCUAAACACUUUUACUGCUUAAAGUUCAUCUGAGCAAAAAACUUUUAUGUGCGCAAAGCUCAUUGGAGCUAAAAGUCUUACUAAUGUUAAAGCACCAAAAAUAAUAAACAAAUCAACGUGCAUAUUCUAUCACUAACAUAUAUGCAAAUAACUUAUAUACAGAUACAUGAAUACGUGCGCAUAUGCUUGUAUGUUUCAAGGAAAGUA